GUGAUUUCACUGCAGAUUGAACAGUCAGUGUCAUGAAGAUAGCCAUCUUAUUGUUCUGCCUGGUACAUUGUUUAGUCGUGUGUCUGAUUAAUAUAAAAAACAACAACUAAGCAGAGUUAAUAAAUAACCAUUUUAAUGCAGAUUCCCAGUCUCUAGAGUUUAGUUUGUCCUGCUGCAGAGUUUAGCUCUGCCAGAUUUACAUUCUUCAGUAAUGACUAACUCUAAGGGAAAGAAACAUAAGUUACUAAAUUGCGAAUACUUUAAAAAUAGCGAAGAAAAGGCUGAGCACAUUUAUUAGACAUGUUUAAAAUGAACAUACAAUUUGCUCAGGGCUUUUCCCUUUAGUCCCAAGUCAGCAAGAUCAUUUUAGUGCUUAUGCUGUGUGUGAGGCUCACAGAAGAUGCCGACCUCACAUCCGAUACCUUUAAAAAACAAACAAACAGAUGCUGAAUGACCUCGUGGCUUGUAUACUCCCUUCCCACUGCACUUAACCAGUGUUCUUAUUUCUGUGCGCAAACAGAGAGAGAAUAUUUAGAGUAACCAUCAAUGUUCUGAUCCCUAGCCCCUUUGGAGCUGGGCAUUUAAAUAAAAGCUGCUAAGAAUUUGUCUUCCCUGCCAAGCCCAAUAUUCCUCUCUCUCACAUUUCGCUAUGGAGGAAGAAUCUGCAAAGGACCUUCUCUUCAAAGACCAGGACUUCUCCUCCGAACUAUUGAGGCAGCUCAACGUUUUAAGGCAAAACGGGAUGUUGACUGAUGUUACUCUCUGCACUAGCGAGUUUGAAAUCCCUUGCCACAGGAAUGUGCUGGCUGCAAGCAGUCCUUACUUCAAGGCAAUGUUCUGUAACAACUUUAAAGAGAGUUGCCAGGCAAAAGUUGACUUGAAAGGCAUGGACUCCAAUAUUUUGUAUCAGAUUGUCCUUUAUGUUUACACAGGAGAGAUUCUUAUAACAGCCGAGAACGUCUUGUACCUAAUGGAGGCCACUUCCAUGUUACAGUACAUUAAAUUGUUCCAGGCCUGCUCCUUGUACCUCCAGGACCAGCUGACUCCUGAGAAUUGCCUGAGCAUGAUAAGGCUCUCUGAAAUCUUGAACUGCCAGAAUCUCAAUAAGAAAGCCAAGGAGAUGGCUCUGAAAUAUUUUCCUGAAGUAGCCUCUUCUGAAGACCUGAAGGAGCUUUGUGCAUUGGAGUUGAUCAAUUACCUUGGGGAUGAUGAGCUCUGUGGUGAGGAGGAACAAGUGUUUGAGACACUCAUGGUUUGGAUCCGGCACGAUCUCCAGGCGCGACAGGGCUAUAUCCAAGAUUUGUUCAAGAAGGUCCGGCUUCAAUACGUCCACCCAACCUUCCUUUUCCACUUCAUUGCCAAUGACUCCCUCAUUCAGUCUUCACCCGCUUGUAGAAGCAUCCUGGAAUCAGCUAGGAGACAGAUGUUUUCAUUAUACAGCACCAGCACUCCUGACAUCAAACCCAUGUGGCACGUUCCCCGCAGAUAUUCAUACCAAGAGUUCCUCAUAAUCAUUGGUGGCAGGAAGGACAACCAGACGACAACCAGGGAUGUCCUCCUAUAUGAUGAGAAGACCAACCAGUGGCUGAGCCUCGCCAAGCAUCCUGUGCGCCUUUACAAAGCCUCUGCAGUGAGCUUGCAUAGCAAUAUCUAUGUGCUAGGAGGGAUGCCUGUUAGCUGUGAGAAAAGUCCAGUCAGUGAUAAUGUUCAUAUUUUCUCCCUCAAGCUAAAUCAGUGGAGGUUAGUUGAACCCAUGCUGGUUCCACGCUAUUCUCACAGGAGCAUAGCCUAUAAGAACUACAUUUUCUCAAUUGGAGGAAUUGGAGAGAACCAGGAAAUUCUGAAUUCCGUGGAGAGGUACGACAGCAUUUAUAACAUCUGGGAGAACAUGGCAAACAUGCCCGUUGCUGUCCUUCACCCUGCCGUUGCAGCUAAAGACCAAAGAAUUUAUCUCUUUGGAGGGGAAGACAUUAUGCAAAACCCUGUCCGUCUAAUACAGGUUUACCACAUAUCCAGGAACAUGUGGUUUAGAAUGGAGACCAGAAUGGUGAAGAAUGUUUGUGCACCAGCAGUGGUGAUUGGAGACCGGAUUAUCAUUGUUGGAGGGUACACCCGGAGAAUCAUCGCCUACGAUACUAAGGCCAAUAAGUUUGUUAAGUGUGCAGACAUGAAGGACAGACGGAUGCAUCACGGAGCUGCUGUGAUCAAAAACAAGUUAUAUGUUACCGGAGGGCGCUGUCUGACUGCAGACAAUACAAUCCAAGACUCUGAUUCAUUGGACUGCUAUGAUCCUGAGACUGACACAUGGACUUCGAAGGGGAAACUCCCACACAAACUCUUUGACCAUGGAUGCCUUGCUCUUCAGUGUGUCCCCUAUUCCAACCUCCUGUAAAGGAAUCUUGUGUUACUCUGGCCCAAAGGGCCCAAAUUGCUGGGUACGGUGCAUAUGGAAAGUACUAGCAACUGUCCCAAUCAUCUGCCAGUGAAGCAAACAAAGGAGGCAGUCAUCUCCAGGGCACUGUGUGCAAAAGGCCAUGAAUUCUCAGAUCUAUAUGUACAUACUGCAGCAAAAUGGGAUGUAAUUUGCUGUAAAAUACUGGAGUACAUACUGUAUUGCCAACAGCCCCACCCUGAGGUCCCUACUCAGAUUUUACUCAAGCAAUUGGAGUAAAAACUGUGCAAGAGCCUCA